ACUUUUUCCGGAUACCCAUGAGUCAGUUGGGGGACCGCAGCUCUCAACCUGGCUGAUAGCUCUGUGACCUGGGUCUGUCUACUGGUAUUAAAUUCUGCUGGAAGAUGGAACACAGCAGGUUUCUGGCUGGCUUGAUACUCGCUGCCCUUUUCUCCCAAGUGAGCCUCUUCAAGAUAUUCGUGGAGGAACUGGAGGACAAAGUGCUUGUGAAUUGCAACACCAGCAUCAGAUGGGUAGAGGGAACGAUGGGAAAACUGAUUUCGGACAAUAAAAGUCUGGACUUGGGAAAACGCGCCCUGGACCCACGAGGAGUAUAUAUGUGUGAAUGGACAAAUGAGCAACCCAGCAGGAUGUCCACUGUGCAAGUAUAUUAUCGAAGUAUGUGCUUCCUGGACCCUUCAGAUUGGAAUGGAGCCAGAUUCCGGAGCCAUCAGAGUGGGAGAGAACUUAACGAAUGGAGAAAGGGCAGCAGGGGCCGUGUGACCCAGGCAGUGUGUCAGAACUGUGUGGAGCUGGACUCAGUCACUCUAGUUGGCAUUGUCUUCACUGAUAUCAUCGCCACCCUGCUUCUCGCUUUGGGAGUCUACUGCUUUGCUGGACAUGAGACUGGGAGGCUCUCUAGGGCUGCUGACACCCAAGUUCUGUUGAGGAAUGACCAGCUCUAUCAGCCCCUCCGAGAUCGGAAUAAUGCUCAGUACAGUCAUCUUGGUGAAAACUGGCAUCGGAACAAGUGAACCUGCGACUGGUGGCCUGCAAGCAGAGCAGCUAUCCUCUGUACCUUCUCUCCUUGCUCAGCCAAUAAAGGUGUCUUCUUCCAUUAGAAGGUGCCUGGACUUUCCAAGGCUCCUUCUGGGUCAAGGCCAGAGAGUCGGCCUGACAGCCAGGCCUAUGCCCUGCCUGCCCACCUGUGUCCCUCCUGCAUCACUUCCCUUUCCCUGCCCCACGUGAACAGUGUGAGGGGCUGUCUCCUGCCACAUCCCGGCCCCCAGGAGUUUCCGGCCUGGUGGGCUCCCUGGGUGCGGGAUCUGCCCCAGCACACUCCCUGGCCGCUUGCUGGCCCCAGGCCCCCGUCGCAGCCCUUCCAGAACUCCGGCUUCCACAUUGCGGCUGAGCAUGGGGUGACGUGUUUAGGGACCCGGCUGCUCAGAGUUUCCAUGACAUCAGGAGCAGAGGUCGUAGAGACAUCCAGGGCCUGGGGGACCUUAUUAAGACUCAGGGUGUGUGUGUGACAAAGUGCCACUUCUGCUGAGGGGCCAGCCUUAGCUUGGUGACCCCUGUGGAGUGGUAGCCAUGAGCCGUGAGGAGGUCUCUGGACCUUUUUCUCCUGUAUGGAAGGUACCAUUCAUCUUCCUUUCCCCAGAGUCUGUCCCUGCCCUGACCCUGCCUUCUGCCUGAUAAACUGGCAUCAGAAACCCUUUAUCCACUAAAACACAGUAUCACUCUCUGCCCACUUGGAGAGCUGGAGUUUCAGACUGAUGGGGACUUGGGAGAUCCUCAGUAGGCAUCAUAUUCUGCUGGUGGGUUAGUGGUGGCUCUGAAACUUUGGGAUCCUGAGGGAUUUAUUACAAGUAUAAACACUUGAGUUCUACUCUAGGCACGUAGGCUCCAGGUGAUUCUGAAGCAGCCCCAAAUCAGAGAUUCUCUGGUUUAGAGGAAGAACUGAGGUCACUUAGUCUCUUGUGUCCUUUAUGCCAGUUCCUGUCUCCCAUAGUUGGCAACCCCUCCUUUUGAUCUCAAAGUAAGAGUAAUUUAAUGAACUUGAGGAUAGUUUAAAGAGAGUGGGAGUUUCCUAGACCAGGGUUCCCAAAGGAGAAAAGAAUUAACAACUGCAUAGCCAGAAAUCUGGACAAUUCUGCCCACUAUCUCCUUGAGAGAUACUCAGACCCUAAUUUUGUUAAAGACAGAAUGAACUUCCAGUUGACCCAUGCUUCCUUCAUGGUUAUGAUUUAUUCCUACCCCUUAAAUCCCUGUUGUAGUCCUCCUAACCCCAGAUCCUACCUUCACAGUGGAUCCCUCCACUUUGGGCAACCCUUCAUGGCUUGCAUUGCACCAGUGCUUGUGUCCUUCCCACACCUUCUACACUCCCUUUUACCUUACAUUCCUAAUAUGCUCUUACAUUCCCUAUACCUCUCACCAGUUCUCAACAUUGGAUACACGUUGGAAUGUCCUGGGGAGCUUAAAAAUCCUGAUGCCUGGCUACACCUCCAGAGAUUCUAAUCGUAUUGGGAUGGGGCCAACUUUAAAACUGCUUUCAAGGUGAUUCUGUCAUGAAGCCAGGUUGAGAAACAGUGCCUUCCACCUGAGCCCUUCCAGAACCUUGGGCCUCUUUGGCUCUCUUUUUUUGUGCUUUUAGAAAAAUAGCUUUACUGAGGUAAA